AUGCUGACCUCUAGAUCGUUUAAUCAUUGUCAGGGUCUGUUUCUAGUUAUCGAAAGAGGGUGCACCCGCAGCUUGGCAGAUGUUCAACAAGCAUGGCAUGGACAUCUCGCGGGGCUGGCAAUCAUAGAGCUCAACGACCACAAGGAUGUGGAUGAUAUCAUCUUUUUUUUCGUUGCAUAUACACCUGCCGGGUGCAUGAGUCAACAUGGUCUCACUUAA